AUGGCAGGUGUUGUCCACUGUCACCACCACUUUGCCAGGAGAGGAUACCGUCAAAGGGUGUAUGUUGAACGUAUCAAGCCACUGGAGCAAUACACCACUGAGGAGCUGUAUGUCCGGUUUCGCUUUGGGAAGGCUGAUAUAGAGUACCUUGUGAACCUUCUCAGGCAAAAACUUCAACACAGAACCCAAAGGAGUCACGGUCUGUCUGUGGAAGACCAGAUCCUCAGUGCUCUCCGAUUUUAUGCAUGUGGGACUUUCUAUCAAGUUGUUGGUGACUAUAUGGGAGUGGUGAAAUCAGCUGUGUGUGAUGUGGUGAGAGAUGUGUCAAUCGCACUGGCCAGCCUGGUCAAUGAAUUUGUUUCUUUUCCAAAGGACAACCAGAUUGCCCAGGCCAAGCGCAGCUUUUAUCUUUUGGGGAAUAUGCCCAAUACUAUUGGAGCAAUCGACUGCACACAUGUGCAUAUACAAGCACCUCGUGAGAAUGAAUGGGAGUUUAUAAACAGAAAGGGGAGGCACAGCAUCAAUGUCCAACUUAUGUGUGAUGCUGACCUCAUCAUCACCAACUGCGUUGUCAAGUGGCCUGGGUCUGUCCAUGAUGCACGCAUCCUGAGGGAGAACGCUCUAUAUGGAGACCUGCAAAUCAACCGACCAGAUGGCAUAAUAUUAGGAGACAGUGCCUACCCACUCCUACCAUGGCUGAUGACUCCUUUUGUAACAGCAAAUACACCGGCGCAGGCACGCUUCAACACUGCUCAUUGCAGAGCAAGAUGUGCAAUUGAGCGUUUAAAUGGAGUUCUUAAGAGGCGCUUUGCAUGCCUUAACUACCUGAGAGCGGAACCACAGAAAGCAUGCAACAUAACCCUUGCCUGUAUUGUCCUGCACAACAUCGCUACUAAGCGCAAUGUCCCUCUCUGUGCUGACAAUGAUGCACCUGAGCCCCUUGGAGACCCUAACCAACCUCCUGCAUUCUGCAAGAACGAGCAAACAGGACGUGCAACAAGGGACGCAAUAGUUAGACACUAUUUCUGA